AUGAAUGAAGCAUUCGAUAUUAAGGAUCCUGAUAGUGAUUAUGAUACUUACGAUGAUAGUACAAGUUCUAUAACCGUUGAAGAAAGUAUUGCAUCUGAAGAUGCAAUAGUUAAUGAAAAUAUUGAAAUACAAUCAUUUAUAUGGGAUGAAUUUGCUUUUAAACAGGCUCAAAUAUUGGCUAAUAAAAAAGAAAAUAAUGAUGAUUGUGAAAUCGAAUGGGAAGAUCUAGAACAUGAAUUUUCUGAAACGGCAUCAUUUGUAACAGAAUCAACAGACAAUAAAGGCCUAAAUUAUUUUUUAGAUAAUUGUAAAAAAGCCAAAACAUUAACUUCUUGUGUCUUUUUACAUGUAAUUGAUGGUCAA